AUGUCUCAGCCAUCACAAUCUUCCUCAUCCAUUCAAGUUCCAUUAAAACUUCCUAAUGACCUUAAAUUGGUCCCUAAGUUUUGGGCCAUUUUUAUGAAGGGCUUUCUAAUUAUUAUCUGCUUAGUCGCCUCUAUUUCUCUAAUCUCCUUUAUUCCUCAUUUCUCCAACAGCAAUGCUUAUAGUGCUGCUCCGGUUACAAACUACAGACAAAAAUAUGUCGUUAAAGAAGAAGAAGAAGAAGAAACAAACAUAUCCCACAUUCUCUUUGGCCUUGCAGGGUCGGCUAAAACAUGGAACAAUCGCUCGCGUUACUCUGAGCUCUGGUGGAGACCAAAUGUAACGCGAGGGUUCGUGUGGCUCGAUGAAAAUCCCCAAGAAAACGAGCCGUGGCCGGAUACAUUCCCACCCUAUAGGGUUUCCCAAAACACUUUCACAUUCAAAUAUACAUGUUGGUUUGGUGACAGGUCAGUUGUGAGGAUUGCAAGGAUUGUAAAGGAGAGUUUUGAACUAGGUUUAAACAAUGUAAGGUGGUUCGUAAUGGGAGAUGAUGAUACAUUGUUUUUUCCUAAGAAUUUAGUGACAGUUUUAGCUAAGUAUGAUCACAACCAAAUGUAUUACAUUGGUGGGAGUUCCUAUAGUGUGGAUCUGGAUGUACUAUUUUCCAAUGGUAUUGGUUGCGGCGGCGGAGGUUUCGCAAUUAGUUAUCCUCUGGCGGCGGAGCUCGUGAAGAUUUUAGACGGUUGCAUUAAUCGCUACCAUUACUUGUUCGGUUCUGAUCAGAAGAUCGCUGCUUGUAUGGCUGAGAUUGGAGUUCCUCUCACGAAUGAACUUGGUUUCCAUCAGGUAUAUAUUCAAGGAAGCGCACGAGGGUUUUUUGCAGCACAUCCCGUGGCGCCACUGGUUUCACUGCACCAUUUGGAGAUAGUAGAUCCUCUAAUUCCAUUGAUGAGCCAAGUCGAGUCAACGAAGAAGGUGAUUAAGGCUUACAACAAGGACCCAAGUCGGGCAAUGCAACAUAGUUUGUGCUAUGACCUAAAGAGAAACUGGUCAUUAUCAGUUUCGUGGGGAUACUCAGUUCAGUCAUAUCCGUGGUUGAUGAAUACUAGGGAAUUGAGAACGCCAAUGCAGACGUUUAAAACACUUAGAGGAAUGGACGGACCAUUCACAUUCAAUACUCGGCCAAACUAUUUAGAACAGUGUAAGAUGCCAUUAGAGUAUUACUUGGAUCAAGUUACUGACAUUGGCAAUGGUGAAACCUUGACAAUUAAUAAUAGGAUUAAUGUUGAUUCUAAUUACAAGCAAUGUGAGAACCAACGUUAUAAAUCAGCAUUAGCAGUUGAUAAGGUUAAGGUCACUGCUGGAAUUCUAUCUCCCCAAGUAUGGAGACAGGCACCACGUCGGCAGUGUUGCGAGGUUAUCGACGGCAAAGAUGAUAGCUUCAUACAGAUCAGAAUUAGAGGUUGCAAUAAGUUGAAAUCAGUAACGCCGCCGUUUUACGACAAGUACGGAGAAUUCGCCUACUUUCAAAUGGACGUUCAACCAUUGAAGUGGACAAGAAGUUUACAAUCUAUGAUAAAUGGGAAAAGAAAAUGA